AUGCAACACGCCCUCCUCGGCGCAGGAACCACCGACGCCAAGAUGGGAGAAUGUUACAGUCUUCGGUUCAAGUAUGGGGUUGUUACAGUCUCCCAGUCAUCCUCCCCGCAUUCAAGGCUUGUGCAACAAGCGGAGGAUACGGCAGUCGACUUUGUGCACAACCUAAAGCCUUUACGCCUAUAUUUCAAGGCCACUGGGUUCCGACAUAUUGCAGGGCUAGGUUGUGCGAAGGAAGAGUGCAGUCUAGAGUUUCGGGGACGCCGAGAUGAUAUCAAGAUUCUGAAGGCCGCUUCUUGUGCGCCCAGCAAAGUCCACACUCAGGAACAUGAGAACCAGGAGAUGUAA